AUGCGCAGGCGUCAAGGUGGAUGCCGUUACGAAUAUCACGCAUGCGCGCAGUUCACAAAAGGUCUCGGCAGCACGGCUCUGGACUCGGACGCAGGAACUCGAAGUAUGGCUAAAAUGUCUGCUGACGCAGACGAGUUUAUCGCAGAACAGAACCGAGUCCUCGAGAUUGUAGCUUUAAAAGAAACAGCUUUCUCAGAUGAUGAAAUUAAGAAAGUGCCACCGUUCACCUGCUCAGUCUGUGGCGAGAAAUUCACUCGGUCAUCCCACCUACAGAGUCAUCAGCGAGUUCACACCGGGGAGAAGCCAUUCACCUGCUCAUUCUGUGGCGAGAGUUUCACUCGGUCAGACAACCUACAGAGCCACCAGCGAGUUCACACUGGGGAGAAAGCAUUCACUUGCUCAGUCUGUGGUGAGAGAUUCACUCGGUCAGACAACCUACAGAGCCACCAGCGAGUUCACACUGGG